CGCCCCUCUUCCUCGCCUUGAAGAUGGAAAAGGCGCUGCUGGGCUGCUUUCUGCUGAUCCUCGGGCAGACCCUCCUCCCCGCGGAGGCCAGGGAGCGGCUGCGCUGGAGGCCCGGCCCCAGAGGAAGACACGCGCGGACCCACCCCCAGACGGCCCUCCUGGGGAGCUCCUGCGAAAACAAGCGGGCAGACCUGGUCUUCAUCAUCGACAGCUCCCGCAGUGUCAACACGCACGACUACGCCAAGGUCAAGGAGUUCAUCAUGGACAUCUUGCAGUUCCUGGACAUCGGCCCUGACGUCACCCGAGUGGGCCUGCUCCAGUACGGCAGCACCGUGAAGAACGAGUUCUCCCUCAAGACCUUCAAGAGGAAGUCCGAGGUGGAGCGCGCCGUCAAGAGGAUGCGGCACCUGUCCACGGGCACCAUGACCGGGCUGGCCAUCCAGUAUGCCCUGAACAUUGCUUUCUCGGAAGCAGAGGGGGCCCGUCCCCUGAGGGAGCACGUGCCACGGGUCAUCAUGAUCGUGACGGAUGGGAGGCCGCAGGACUCUGUGGCCGAGGUGGCUGCAAAGGCACGGGACACAGGCAUCCUGAUCUUUGCCAUUGGCGUGGGCCAGGUGGACCUCAACACGCUGAAGGCCAUCGGGAGCGAGCCCCACGAGGACCACGUCUUCCUGGUGGCCAACUUCAGCCAGAUGGAGUCGCUGACCUCAGUGUUCCAGAACAAGUUGUGCACGGCCCACGUGUGCAGCCUGCUGGAGCAUAACUGUGCCCACUUCUGCAUCAACACCCCUGGCUCGUACGUCUGCAGGUGCAAACAAGGCUACAUCCUCAACGCGGACCAGACAACUUGCAGAAUCCAGGACCUGUGCGCCGCCGAGGACCACGGCUGUGAGCAGCUGUGCGUGAACGUGCUGGGCUCCUUCGUCUGCCAGUGCUACCGGGGCUACGCCCUGGCCCAGGACGGGAAAGCGUGUGUGGCUGUGGACUACUGUGCCUCGGAAAACCACGGGUGCGAGCACGAGUGCGUGAAUGCUGAUGGCUCCUACCUCUGCCGGUGCCCUAAAGGAUUUUCUCUUAACCCAGACAAAAAAACAUGCACAAAGAUAGACUACUGUGCCUCCCCAAAUCACGGGUGUCAGCACGAGUGUGUUAACACAGAUGACUCCUAUUCCUGCCACUGCCUGAAAGGCUUUACCCUGAACCCAGAUAAGAAAACCUGCAGAAGGAUCAACUACUGUGCGCUGAAGAAGCCCGGCUGUGAGCACGAGUGUGUCAACACGGAGGACGGCUUCUACUGUCGCUGCCGCCGGGGCUACACCCUGGACCCCAAUGGCAAGACCUGCAGCCGGGUGGAUCACUGUGCGGAGCAGGACCACGGCUGUGAGCAGCUGUGCCUGAACACAGAGGAGUCCUUCGUGUGCCAGUGCUCGGAAGGCUUCCUCAUCAACGACGACCUCAAGACCUGCUCCCGGGCUGAUUAUUGCUUGCUGAGCGACCACGGUUGCGAAUACUCCUGCAUCAGCACGGACAGAUCCUUUGCCUGUCAGUGUCCGGAGGGACACAAGCUCCGCAGUGACGGGAAGACCUGUGCCAAGUUGGACGCCUGUGCUUUGGGGGACCACGGUUGUGAACACUCAUGCGUGAGCAGUGGAGACUCUUUCGUGUGCCAGUGCUUUGAAGGGUACAUACUCCGUGAAGACGGAAAAACCUGCAGAAGGAAAGACGUCUGCCAAGCAGUGGACCACGGCUGUGAACACAUCUGUGUAAACAGUGGCGAGUCCUACGUCUGCAAGUGCCCCGAGGGCUUCCGGCUGGCUGAGGACGGGAGACGCUGCAGAAGGAAGGACAUCUGCAAGUCGACGCACCAUGGCUGUGAACACAUUUGUGUUAAUCUUGGCGAUUCCUACAUCUGCAAGUGCCCAGAGGGAUUCGUUCUAGCUGAGGAUGGAAGACAGUGCAAGGGAUGCUCUGAAGGCCCAAUCGAUCUGGUCUUUGUCAUCGAUGGAUCCAAGAGCCUCGGAGAAGAUAAUUUUGAGAUUGUAAAGCAGUUUGUGACUGGGAUUAUAGAUUCUUUGGUGAUUUCCCCCAAAGCCGCUCGAGUGGGGCUGCUCCAGUAUUCCACGCAGGUCCGCACAGAGUUUACCCUGAGAAACUUCAGCUUGGCCAAGGACAUGAAAAAAGCCGUGGCCCACAUGAAAUACAUGGGCAAGGGCUCCAUGACUGGGCUGGCCCUGAAACACAUGUUUGAGAGAAGUUUUACCCAAGUAGAAGGGGCCAGGCCUCUCUCCGCACGGGUGCCCCGAGUGGCCAUCGUGUUCACCGACGGACGGGCUCAGGAUGAUGUCUCUGAGUGGGCCAGUAAAGCCAAGGCCAAUGGUAUAACUGUCUAUGCUGUCGGGGUAGGAAAAGCCAUUGAGGAAGAACUGCAAGAGAUUGCCUCUGAGCCCACAGACAAGCAUCUCUUCUAUGCCGAAGACUUCAGCACGAUGGGCGAGAUAAGUGAAAAACUAAAGAAGGGCAUUUGCGAAGCUCUAGAAGACUCUGACGGAAGUCAGGACUCCCCAGCCGGGGAAUCGCCAAGGACGGUUCCGCCACCAACAGAAUCUGAGCCAGUCACCGUAAAUAUCCAAGACCUACUUUCCUGUUCUAAUUUUGCAGUGCAACACAGGUACCUGUUUGAGGAAGACAGCCUUUCACGGUCUGCGCAAAAACUGUUCCAUUCCCCAAGAUCUUCAGGAAGCCCUUUGGACGAGAAGCCUGAUCAGUGCAAAUGUGAAAACCUUCUAAGGUCGCAGGACCUCGCAACUGAAGAAGUAAGAAAAUUAACACAACGCUUAGAAGAAAUGACACAAAGAAUGGAAGCCCUGGAAAAUCGCCUGAGAUACAGAUGAAGAUUGAAGUAUUCCGUAUUUGUAUGUCAUUGUAUCAAGGAUUACAAUGAAAGCAGCUUGGAGCCCCAAAGCUGAGGUGAUUGUUAAUCCUAUAAGGUUGUAAACAUAAUUAGUACCGAGAAAGCUGGUUUGUUAUGGUACAAAGGCAAAAACUAGAUGCUAACUUGUGUAAAUUUAAUGAGAAAAAGAAUCCUUCAGAAUCCUAAAUGAGUUUACCAAGGGAGAAUAAGCUAUGCAAGAUACCCUGUAACAUACCGUGGACAUGAUUUGCUUUUGCCAGGUCCUGCCUUAGAGCGUUGCAAUCCCAUCUGACUACAAAGUCAAGUUUGCAUGGUCUUACUUAUGUAGAACACUGGCUAGAAGAAAAGCUAUUUUUUGUAUUGGACUUUACCUUGAUAUAUGUAUAUGGACAUAUGCAUAAAAUCAUAGGACAUGUACUUGUGUAACAAGUUGGUUUCUAAAAUACAGUAUUAAAAUUCACUUCAGAGAAUGGUA